UUGUAUGCAUGUUCAAAAUAAACUGAAACUAACUAACAAAUGUUUUUACGAGCAGACUGAGCCACGCACUUUGCAGACUAGCCAACAUUUCCUGGCAAGCCAGCAGAUUAGAAUUUAUUGACACUGACUUAUCCAGGUUGGAUUCAUGUGUACGUGUCGUGUAUUCCAACGAGGGCUGAGUAACCAAACGAAAGGCAGCUCCCCCGAGGACAAAACCCUUGCGCUCGGCUCGCAAAUGUCAUUAGUUCUUGUUGCCAUCUGCAACCGGGAGUCAGACCCCGCCCUGCCCAGUGCAAAACUCAGAAAGCGAUCAGUCGAGAGCGUUAUUUACCAGAAAGAAGUCUAGUCCUGCAAGUUAUGUCCAAAAAAUUGGAGCUGCCUUUCCGACUGGACUCCCAGCUGACGGAGGUGAUGCGCCUGCGGGUUCAGUCCCUGCAGCAGCGAGGCCAGAGCAGGCAGGACGGCGAGCGGCUGCUGCAGCCCAACGAGGCCGUGUACCGCCUGGACUUCUCCCAGCAGUCCCUGCACUUCUCCCACUGGACGGUGCGUCUGGCCCAGACGGGCUGCCUCACCAUCGUAGCCACCUCGCAGCUAUGGACCCCGGACCUCACCCACCUGAUGACCCGGCAGCUCCUGGAGCCCGCCGGGGUUUUCUGGCGGGCGUCGAGGGAGAGCUCCGAAACGCAAAUCAAGUGCUACGAGGCCGACGCCCACGAGUUCGGCGAGAGGAUCGCCGAGCUGGCGAAGGUGAGGAAGGUGAUGUACUUCCUGUUCGCGUUCGAGGACGGCUGCAGCCCUGAGAGCGUGGACUGCUCCAUCGCCUUCACUGUGGACAGAUGAAGGCGGGACGACAACUUGGAAGCGCUUUUAGUUUAAGUUUUUACGAAAAUAGUCAAAACAAACGGUACAAUGAAGACAAACUACCCAAUUUUUCGGACUAUAAGUCGCAGUUUUUUUCAUAGUUUGCGACUUAUACUCAGGAGCGACUUAAGUGUGAAAUUAUUAACACAUUACCGUAAAAUAUCAAAUAAUAUUAUUUAGCUGAUUCACGUAAGAGACUAUAGACCAGGGGUAGGGAACCUAUGGCUCUAAAGCCAGAUGUGGCUCUUUUGAUGACUGCACCUGGCUCUCAGGUAAAUCUUAGCUGACAUUG